GUAAACUUAAGAAGAAGAGGAGGAGGAGGAGGAAGAGGAUGUUUUGAUAUGCACCUAAAGCUGUUUUCCCCACCGCCAUAAAGUAUCUAAGAAGAAGAAGAAGCUGUUUGUUGUCUUUAGCGCUGAUUUUACUCUCUAUUCCGUGUUUUUCUUGGCUUCACCCCUGCCUGUGUGUGGAAAUGACGGUGUGUAGCUACUUUCUGGAGGGAAGAUGUCGUUACGGUGAUAAGUGCUGGAAUGAACACCCGAGAGGAGGCAGAAACCAGUCUACCCGCGGGGGUGGAGGGUCCAUAAACCGGGUGUGGGUGAACCCAUCUCAGCGCUCGGGGGGAGGUGUGGUCCAGCCCUCAUCUUUCAGCCGAGGAGGAGGGGAUUGGGCCAGAGGGAACAGCGGAACAGGGAGAGAUGACCGGAGUUCUAACUUCAGCUUUACUACACAGAACCGGUUCUCCAACCUGAGCAACACACAGAGCGGAUACGGGAGAACCGGAGGAGGAGGAGGAGGAGGAGGAGGAGAUGACACAGAGAAACAGCUAGAGAUGAUUCAGAAGGACAUGGAGGUGUGGCAGAGCUCAGGACAGUGGCUCUUCUCCUGCUACGCUCUCCUCAAAACCUCCAUCUCAGGGUUUGUGGAGCUAUCACCAGAGGAGCUGAGAAUGGAGUUCUACACCAGCAGAGCCACAGGAGAUGUACAGUCCUACGGUAAUUCAGUCCAGCAGCUGGUCAAUCAGUGGAGAUCCAGAGUUCAGGAACUAAUAACCAUGAGUGGUAACACACGUGCAUCUAUGGUAGCAGAGCUGAGCAAUCCAGGAGCACAGACUCCCUCAGGUGGAGGGCUUUUCAGUUCUUCAUCAUCGUCAUCAGCAGGGUUUGGAUCUUCAUCAUCAGCAGGGUUUGGAUCUUCAUCAUCAACAGGAUUUGGAUCUUCUUCAACAACUGGGUUUGGAUCUUCAUCAUCAACAGGAUUUGGAUCUUCAUCAUCAACAGGAUUUGGAUCUUCUUCAACAACUGGGUUUGGAUCUUCUUCAACGACCGGGUUUGGCUCAUCAUCUGGAUUUAGAGUAGGAGGAUUUGGCUCAGGUGUUCAGAGCAGUGCCGCUGGGUUUAGCUUCUCUGCGUCCAGUCCCGGGUUCGGCUCGUCUGGGAGUCAGUCCGGUUCGUCCCAGUUUGGCUCAUCAGCUCCCUCUGCCUCCACCUUCUCCUUCAACGUUCCUGCAGGAGCGACGCAGAGUAACAGUUCCGCCGCAGGGUUCAGCUUCUCCUCAGGGUCUGCAGGAGGCUUCGGCGGCUCGUCCACUGCUCCCAGCGGAGGGGCUUUCGGUGGUGGAGUGAGCAUGACUGGGGGUGCAGAGGACAGGAAGGGUGGACGAGACGGUUUGUACACUCCUCUGAGUGACCUCACACCAGACGAGCUCCGAGAGUUCACUGCUAAACGAUUCACACUGGGACAGAUUCCUCUCAGACCGCCGCCUGCUGACCUGCUCAGUGUCUGACACUUGUUUGACCUCUGACCCCGAAACACAGAGUUGAUAAUAAAAUAGUUUCUUACUGUAAACUCCAAAUGUGUCUUAUGUGUAGAGUGGAAUAAUCCAAUCCCAGUCUGAUUUCAGGCCCAGAGGAAACAUGGACUAGACGAUUUCUGAGUAGCAGUUAUAAAAUAAAUAUAUGAGACAAUAAUGUGAACAUCUGU